UUCCGUCAGUGAGCCAGUGUGGUUGUAGCCGCUGGUGAGCACAGUGCGCUAGGGAGCCAGUGAGUUAGUGAGGUAUGGGACCCGUUACUUAGUGCUGAGGUUUACACCUGAUCUUCUACGGCCUACUUCACCAGUCACAACAGUACAAGAUGGGCGGAGUGUGGUGCAAGACUGAUAAAAAUCAAAGGACAUUCAGCCACAAACAGCCCUUCAAUACUACGUUGUCAAGGUGGACCGAUCAAGUCAGACAAGCGUACAGAAAACCAAAACACCACCACAGACCUCCCAGACCACCUAACAAGCCAUUGAGGACCAAUGAGAGGUUGACCAUCAGCUCCCCUACGCUAGUCCCAGAGGAUUCAACGGACGGUUGGAGGUCGAUGACACUGGUCGUACCAGAAGCUCAGGCAGCGCCGGUGCCGCCACCUAGGAAAAAGAGAAGAAAGAACAAGGACCUAGAGAGAGCUGCAGUGUCCAUGGACGACUUGAAUCUCGAUCCUGAUUGUCUCAGCAAAUCAACAAUCUCUCUUCCAGACUUAUCCUCAAGGACUACCAUGGUCGUCACUCCUAUCCUCGAGUCUCGAGUACACGAAGACGAAGAAAACAUCAAGAAUCUUCAAACUAGCGAAGAAGAUAUUGAUCAACCUGAAAUCAUUCCGAUCGAAAACGAAACACUCUUUAGUUCAAGGACUCUCUUACAUUCUAGUUUAGGCUACGUAGACAAACUAUCAGCGAUCUCAGAGGUUUCAGCUGAAAGCGGGUUUGAAGACAAGGAGAAUUUGAAGUUCAGUGAGGAAUCGAGUGUGACAAGUGUGGAAAGUGUGCGAGAAACGUUGAACAUUUUGGCGCACAUACAGGAUAUCAACAAUGUUUGUCAGGUCAGAGUUGAUACAGCUAAUACAUUCGACGCUGAGUAUAUUAAACCAGAGGAGAAAAGUAGUUUGAAGACAGAUCAUGUUCUUGACAACGAGUAUAUGAAUCAAGUGAAAGAGAAUAAAAGCCUACAUCACUUAGAUGUCACCGAAACUGAGUCUCAAAAUGGUACACAUGCCAAUGAAGUGACCAAAAGUGAAAUACAAAACGCAAACAACCCAACACAAAAUAUCACUCACGUGAAAGAAAGCAGUGAGGCUCAACAGCUCAAUGCAAAAGAUAACAAUGACAUACGGGAAAAGACAGCUGUCAGCAAAAAGGCGUGGUUGCAAAAUAUCCUGAAUGUGGAUUCAGAGCCUUAUUUCACCCCAGAUAUCAGUAAAGAUAGGCGAGGAUCAGAAAAUUCAGUAAGACCUUCCCAAGAUGUUACCGGUCCCAACUCUUUGCCGAACCAUUUACAUCUUAUGCCUGAAACGAAAACAGCUGAGGGGGUGAAUUCCUCCCCUCUCGGAGACACUAACCAUUCCGUGCUAUUGGACAUCCUCCAAAACAAUAAGGAAAGUGACACUGCAAACUUCUGCAAAGAGGAAUCGAUAUUUUUGACAAACACUAAAACUAACAUAAUCUACAAAUCUUUGUCGUCCGAUAAACUUACGGACCAUUCUGGACUGAAUGGAAGUGAUUCGGACAAUGAGUUAAGUUGCAAAACUCUCUUGAGUGAUUACUCGUUCCAAACUCCGAAACUCGCUGAAGCUGACUCCGGAUUGAAUAGUUUAUUAGAUAAAAGGUCCAACGUAGUGAGUUCUUUUGACUUCAAGGAAAUCAAAGGUAGACAUUUCGUUGAUGUGCAAAGUUCAAACUCAGCUGGUAAAAGUGACAGUAAAAAGAAUGUAAAUGGAGAAACGCUUCAUCAUAACUGCGUAGAUGAUGGAAAUAGUAAGGAAACUGUUACGAAAAAAGACUCGAUUAAUUCAAGUAGAAGGUCUUCGAUAACCGAUUCACUCCACGAGUUUGAAAUGUCUAUUUACGACAUGUUGAAAGAGUCGAAGAAAAACGAAAACAGUUCGGACGAAGAAGAGUCGUUGAAAAUUGUAAAGUAGUUCACCAACAAGACUGUUAAAGUUCAAUGCCAAAUGAAUAAACCAACUCAAUUGUUACUUUAGUUUUAAGUUAGUCGGUGCUUAAACUAGUCUACGAACUAAUUAUUUAACCGUUUUAGUUGUAAAUAGCAGUUGUAAAAAGUAACAGCAUACCUGAAGUAGGUUAAUUUUUAAUUGUAGGUUGACGAAAUUGUUGAACUAAUAAAUUAUUUGGGAAUACAUUA